UUAUACUAGACUGGAAAGACCAGGCCUGCAGCUGACAGGAUCAGAUGUGGCUGUGAAGUGAAAAUCAAUAUUCUUUUUUCUUCUUUUGAGCAAACCACUCAGUCUUGAGAUGUCUGAUUCUUAUGACUAUGAUUCUUUAAACAUCAAUAUGCUGAGGGAACCCAUAUUGAUUAAGCUUAUUGAGGUACUGGACAAAACCAACAGCAAAGGAUGGCGCAAACUAGGGGAAUUUGUCAGCAAUGACAGGCGCUUCAGAGUAAGUGAAGAGGAGAUGGAGAUGUGCUCCCUGAAGGUGUUGGAGCUAGAUGGCAGCCCAGCUCGGAGCUUGCUGAGACUCAUAGGAGAUCGCGGUUGUGUAGUGAGGGAUCUUGUAGAGUUUCUCAAAGCUAUGGGCCACACAGAGGCCCUUCACUGCAUAAAACCACCAGGCAUUAAGAUUAUCAUCCAGCCUCAGUCUCUGGCUGUUAUAUCUGGACACACGGCUCGACUCACCUGUCAUGCUGUAGGAAAUCCCAUUGUGCAGUACCAGUGGUUCAAAGCAAAGGAGGAGGUGCCCAAGGGUAACUCUCCAGACCUUGUAUUUAGUCCAGUCCAAGUGAGGGAUGCCGGUUACUACAUCUGUCGAGUGAAUUUGGGUGGUUCCUUUCAGUUCAGCCACUGGGCCCAGCUGGAGGUUCUGGUUGUUGGAGCAACAUAUGGCUUGACAUCUCACUCCUUAGAGGGCAAGCUAAAGGUGGUCAUUCAACCUCAGGCUCAGAGGCUUUUGGUGGGAGAAACUCUUGAACUGGAAUGUGGGGCUGUGGGGAGGCCAAUUCCCCAGUACCAAUGGUAUAGAAAUGGAGUUCCUCUUAAACACGCCACCAGAAGGAAGUGCACGAUCCCUUAUGUGACGACAGAACAUCAAGGAAAGUACCGCUGUGAGGUGAUCAGUAACAAUGAACGAACAUGGACAAGGGAAACAGACAUCCGCAUAGGUACGCCAGUCCUUGUCCUUCACUCACACUUUUGUCCAGAAAAGCCCUUUGCAACAGACAAAGUGGCCUUACUCAUAGGAAACCUCUCAUACCAGAGCCAUCCACAGUUAAAGGCACCCAUGGUAGAUGUGUAUGAUCUAACCAACCUGUUGCGUCAGCUCAACUUCAAGGUGGUUUCCCUGCUGGACCUUACUGAAUCUGAAAUGCGCAAUGCAGUGGAUGAGUUCCUGCUGCUGCUGCACAAGGGUGUCUACGGUCUGCUGUACUAUGCAGGACAUGGCUAUGAGAACUAUGGCAACAGCUUCAUGGUCCCAGUGGAUGCACCCAACCCUUACCGCUCAGCUAAUUGUUUAUGCGUUCAGAGCAUCCUGAAGCUGAUGCAGGAGAAGGAGACAGGCCUGAAUGUGUUCCUUCUGGAUAUGUGCAGGAAGAGGAAUAUUCAUGAUGACACUACUCCAAAUGUUGUCUUACGGGUCACAGCUAACAUCGUUUUUGGUUAUGCAACUUGCCAGGAUGCAGAAGCUUUUGAGUUGAACUCGAGUGGAUUCACUAAUGGGGUCUUCAUAAAUUUCCUAAAGAAGCGUCUUCUAGAGGAUGAAAAGAUCACAGUCCUGCUGGACAGAGUGGCAGAGGAUAUGGGCCAGUUUGACCCCACCAAGGGCAAACAGGCCCUAGAAAUCCGCAGCAGCUUGUCUGAGAGGAGGGCACUGACUGACCCCAUUCUGUCUAGUGGCUGUUCAGAUGAGAAUCAAGCACGCAACCUGCAGUGGGCCAAAGCUCAUGAACUCCCUGAGAGCAUGUGUCUGGACUUUGAUUGUGGGGUAUUGAUUAAAAUGGGCUUCGCUGCAGAGUUCUCAAACGUACUUGUCAUCUAUACAAGCAUCGUGAAGAAGUCAGAUGACAUGUCCUCCUGUCAAGCUUAUGUCACCAACUUCACCCCAGAGCUUGACAUAGAUCCCAAGGAGAUGAACAAGGAGACUCCAGAAGAGACAGGAAGCUACCUACUGUCUAAGAGCCUCCCCCAGCAUUGCCUGUACACCAGACUGAGCUCCCUACAGAAACUCAGGGAGCAGUUGGUCUUCACCGUGUGCCUGCAAGGGAAAUUUGUGGCCAUGGAGGAUCUGGUGGAGUGGACCACAGAAGUGAACAUUGGCAAGCCUUUGAUCGCCAAGUUGGACCUGCACCGUACUGUGAGGCGGAACAGCUGCCUCCAGACCUGUGGGAUGCCCCACAGUCCAUCCCACAGCCCCUGCCACAGCCCAGGGGCCGACCAUCUCCACCAGCAGUACCAAAACACCUACUUGGGGGUAUAUGACACCCCCCAAAGUGUUGCUGGAGCCUGCAGUAACCCCCCAUUUUGUGAGGACACCUCUUUCUACCAUCACUAUCACUGCACUGAUGACCCACCCUUUCUGGACUCACCCAGCAGGGUCAAUGUCCCCAUUGAGACCACAGAUGACAUCAUUGAGCUCCAAGAGAGCUUCAUUAACAGCUUGCAGCUUCACGACCAAUAUAACACAUUUACUAACAUGUGAGGUACUCUUUGAAGGAGUUCUUUCUGUAUUGUUACUUGUAAGAUUUUAAAAAUUUAUUUUAUUGUAUUUUUAAAAUACACAUAUACAUAAUGCUGGCAUAAAAGUAGUUAGGAAAGAGCAACAAUAAAUGCAGUCCAUCACAUUCACUGGGGGAAACUUCCUCACAAUACCAUUGCAUGGGAUGGGAGUUAAUGCAGGAGUGAUUUAUAGUUGGAUGAUGGUUCAGUUUAUUCUAAUUUCAGACAUUAAUUCAUUGAUAUGUGUGUGUGACUAUGCACAGUUUGGCCAGUGUGAGGGGCCUUUUUGGGGUUCCCUGGACAGAAAAUUGUUCAGAACAACACAUGCAGUUCAAAGAGAUACAGCACAAUGAGAUUACUAAGCAGUAUUUCCUUUGUCCAAUGUAAUUUCUUGCCAUUCUGCUGUUUUUACUCAUUUUCAUCUAAACACUAGACCAUUUGGCAGGCAAAGAUUAGGACAUUUUUGUAGGGAAAAAAAAAACUUAUGCCUUCACACAUGAUGUUGUAUAACGUCAGAUUCAUCAA